CCCGCCGUAGAGUUUUGUGGUAAAAGAUUUCUGCAGUCGCCAUUUUCUUCAUUCUUCUUUGUGCAUCCACUUGCUCUGGAUUUGUGCUCUCCGCCUGCAGUGUGUGAAAAAGUGCAACAUUUUAAUUCCCGGAAACAAGUGGCUUUGUAUUGUGACUACUGAUUCUUCUAAGUUUUAAAUUUGUGGACUAACAUGACUGACGCCGAGAAAAAUGCACCAGUGGCUACUGCCGAAGCCGCAGAAUCGACGACUGCUGACAACGACGGAACAGAAGGCGACGUGCAAAAGGACAACGAACACCAACGUACUAUCAAUGUCGGUAAUUUGCCUAAGGAUGUUACGGAACAGCAGCUUCGUGACCAUUUCUCUGGCCAUGAAGUGGAACGUGUGGAGAUUUAUCACUAUCUGCGCAACACCUUGGCAUUGCUAGUGUUCAAGGAGAAAGCAGCAGCUCAAAAAGCUUGCGACGAAAAAGAUGGUUCGAUGUUGAAUGGCCGCCGGCUUCGUAUUCACAUUGAGUACAUUACUAUCCGGCACACAAAGAAGGACGUGAUUGUGGUUGUCGUUGAUGAUGAUACGACUGAAGAGAAGCUGUACGAUCGCGUCAAGGAGCACUGCGAAGUAACGCAGGUGUUUAUUUUCCAUCCGCUCGGCUACGUGCAUCUGGGCAAGGAUGUUAAUAAGGGGGCCAUUUUGGAGAAACUGAAUGCGGCCGGAUUGAAGGCGUAUGAUGUAAAUGGUCGCGACCAAAAUCAGCACGUUGAUUUGUGGCGUGCAGCUAAGCUGUUCUUCCGCAAUCGCAAUCGAGUGCAGCUGUUGAACAUACCCCAGAAAUGGGUGGAAAAUACGGACGAGCUGAAGAAGGCUUGUUCUGAGGCGGGCACCAUUACUGACGCAAUCUCAAAUAACGUGAGUCAGGGCUCGUGUAACUACUAUGCUCGCAUUUUCUUCGAAACGGAAGAGCAGGCCGCCAAGGCUGCUGGGUUGCUUAACGGAAAAGUGUUCGAAGGCAAGCGCAUCCAUGCCUUGCAUCUAUCGUCAGCUUUGCUCCCCGACUACAAGACGUCUGUUUAUGUGUCACCGCUGGAACGUACCGUCACGGAAGAGGAUGUGUAUGAACAGUUCAAACAGUUCGGUGAGAUCGAUUUCGUCAAUCGGCGCAACUGCGGGGAAAACGCUAUUGUGUGUUACAAGACAUCGGAGGCGGCAGAAAAGGCCCUUGCAUGUACCACCUUCCCAGCACCGACCGAGGCCAACAAAGAGGCUACGAAAACUGUCACUGUGAAGCGUUACGAUGGUCCGCUGGUACUGCGAGUGGCAGGCGUGAAGCGUAAAGCAACGACCCAACGCACGACGGCAGAUGGCAAAACACGCGAGCCCCGUUCUUCGGGCGGUUCGGAGCAUGAAAAGUCCCAUAAGGAUAUUUUGCAGAAGCUGCAGGCUUUUUAUCCCGUGUACGUGUCAAACAUUCCCUUCAGCUGCCCUACGCACGUUAUUCGUGAAUUUUGUUCGUCUCACGGCGGUGAAGUGAAGUUCAUCUUUUCUCCCCAACAUUACUUGCCCUACCGGUUGAGCUCUCCGCAGCCGGUCAAAACGGCAAUGGUGUACUACACGCGCCGCAACGAUAUGCUGAACGCGAUCAAACAGUUGGACAAGAAGAUGCUUAACAACCAGCACCUGCAUGUGCUGCCCGGACGCGGAGACACCAACUUCAACCUGCAGAAAACGGUUAAGCUGACAAAGAUCAAUGAAUCCCUUUCGGAGGAUGCGAUUUUCCGUAAGAUGCGCCCACUAGGUAAAGUUGUACGUUUGACCAAAAAGAAUCGCUCACUGGCAUACGUCGAAUUUGCCGACAGUGCCGAUGUUGAGAAGGUCUUGAAAAUGAAGCAAGACGAGCUGCCGAUCAAUUGUGUCUUUUCAAAGAUCACGAAAGAUAUCAGCCGCAGGCUGUACAACGAAGCCGAUCAUCGCAUUCUCGGUACGGUCAUACGAUUGUUGCGCCGUAACCCGAGGAUGCUGAACAAGACCACCGGGGCGGGUCCACUUAUGAGCGGCAACAAUGUCGUUGGCAGCCCCGGUGGAUUCGGUGGUGGCAAACGUCCUCGCAUGAAUGGUCCUCCUGGUUUCGGCAAUGUACCGCCCUUCAAUCCCAAUAAUGGUGGCAAUAAUCUUAAUAACAACCAAGCCAUCCAGGACCUGCUGCGUCUGGCGUUCAUGUCUGGCAAGAACGUUGGCGAAAGCCUAGCCGCCGGCGGUGGCAAUGUUGGUGGCAAUCAGGGCCCCAACCGCGGCGGCGGCGGCGGUGGCGGUUCUUUCAAUAAUGCCGACCCACCAAUUUCUAACCAAGGCAAUAGCAACAAUGCCUUCGGUGGUGGUGAUGGCGGCUUCGGCGCCGGUGGCGGUGCCGGCCGUACAAUGAACAAUCGUAAUCAGAACAUGAACUUCCGCGGUGGUAACCGCAACAAUCAGAACAACAACGUCGGUGGCAAUCGAGGCCUCGGCAACAGCAACAACAAUGCUGUUAACAGUAAUUUCGGCAACCAGAACCAGAACAAUAGUAGUGGCCCGCGUGGCGGAAGCGGUGGUGCGCUCGGUGGUGGCAACAACAACAGCGGUGGUGGUAUGAUGAACAACCGCAACAACAUGAAUAACAUGGGCAACCGCAACAAUAGCAACAACUUGAAUAUGAACAACAAGCGCACCGGAGGCAACAAUCUGCAGCAGCAGAAUACCGCCAUCCAGUCUGGUGGCGUCGUUGCUGGGGCUGGCAAUUUGAAUAAGGGCACUGGCAUGCGGGGUAACAAUCAGGGCAUGGGUGGCGGUGCUAGUGGAAUGGGAGGCAGCGGUGGAGGUGGUAUGGGAGGGGGAAAUAUGGGUCGUUCGAACAACAUGGGUGGAGGAGGUGGUAUGGGAGUUGGCAACAAUCGCAACGCCCGUAAUAGUAACUUUAACGAUAACAGUUCAUUCGGCGGUAGCGGUGCCGGAGGGAGCAACACCAAUACGUUCGGGGGUAGUAGCAACAAUUUUGCGAACGACAACUUUGGCGGAGGUCGCAACAAUGACAGCUAUUCGAACGACAAUUUUGGCGGAGGACGCAAUGAUAAUUACUCCAGCGACAUUAAUUUCGGCGGUGGUAAUUCCGGCGGCGGAGGUCGCAGCAAUUUUGGCAACCGCAAUAACGAUAACUAUGGUGGUAGCAACCGCAACGAUAAUUUCGGCGGUGGUAGCUCCAACUUUGGUGGUAACUCGUUCGGCAACAACAGCCGCUUCGGCAACAACAGUGACAAUGAUGGUCCCUUCAGUGGGAACAGCAGCGGUAAUGUCGGUAGCGGAAACAAUACCUUCGGUUUGAAUAACCGCGGCAACAACUCGUCCAACAGCCGUUUCAGUGAUGACAACAUCGGCGGCGGCGGUGGUGGUGGAUACGGUGGUGGUAACACCAACAACCGUGGCAAUAAUUUUAAUGACAACAGCAACAACUUUGGUGGCAACAACCGCAGCAGCGGUGGCAACCAGAAGCCACAAGGUCUGUUCAACCUCGGUGGAGGUGGGGGUGGCUCCGGAGGUGGAAACCUUGGCGGAGGCGGCGGCAAUAUGUCGUAUAACAAUUUUGGCGGAGGCAACUCGAACAACUCGGGUGGCAAUAAUUUCCGCAACAACGAUAACAACAAGGGAAGCUGGAUGGGUAAUAACAGCAACAAUAGUGGUCUGGGUGGGGGACGAUCCAACAACAACCAGGAUAGUAUUGGUCGUUUGGCGGGCAGCUUGUUUAGUCGUCGCUUCUAAACAAGCAGUUGGUUUUGAUUAUCAAAAACCCAUGCCUAAACGUUCAUUAAUCCCGACACAAAAUGAAGGAGGAGUGUAUCACAGGUGUGUUUUCGAGCACGCCACGUUUGGUCAUUCUGGACCAACGAUGAUGCUCCUGAAAUUCUCUUAAGCAUCCUUGACAAAGGAAGGUAGUUGAAAUUUCACCGAGAGACGAUCCCUAUUUUAAAACAUCCAUGGGUAAACCACCAUCCUGCAUCGGAAAUCCCUAACCAUCGUGCACCCCACCUAUUAUGCUAGCAGGCAGCAACAUUCAGAGAGAAUGUUGUUCCGGGUAGGAUAGGGCUAAGUUAAGGUAUCGAUAGUUCGAUAUGAUUUAUUGCGUAUAUCGCAAGCGAAGAUUCAAAUCUGCUAAAUCCAUGUUUUACGUUCUUACGCGCGCUUAGUUCAUAUUCUAUACCGAUGUAGCGAUAUAGCUAUCACGUUUUACCAGUUUUAUUGUGAAAACAAUUUAUUUAUUUUUAAUUCGAUGAUGGUUCGCAGUUUUCACAUCCAUUCAGUACUCUUCCAUUUAUUUGUUUCGUUUAGCGGGAAGAGAGCAGAACCUUGUCUUUUGUGCUGUCAGACAUGCAAUGUUUAACCUUACUCGAUUUAUGUAUGUAUCGCAAGAAGUGCAAAGAUACUUAGGAUUAAUUGAUACAGAUAUAGCGAACCGUAUGGCAGUUUAGAUACAUAACAUAGGAUAACAUUAUUUUAACUGAAUUACAUUCUUUAGAAAUGUAUCCAAAAUGUAACAUUACAAGUAAAUUGAGCAAAUAACUACACGAAUGCAAGAGAAUAACAGUUGAGAGUCGCAUUUGGUUGAAAAUAGUGCGCGAUGAAAGCAAUGUUUGGUGUGGUGUAUUUGAUCUUCAGUUAUUUGCCAGAUCGUAAAGUGUAAAGUAUAUUUGCGUUUUUUUGUCUAUUUUGCUUGUGUAGUGAUUUUCCUUCACCUAACACGACUGCAUCUGCAUGAAAUGUUUUCUUUUUCGUUUCCUUCCUAAUGAUCUUUAAUAGAUCAGUUCAGUGGACCGUUAUUAUUGAACAGUCUUGAACAAAAGUCUAUACUUUCUAAUGUAAACAGAUAAAAUGUAUGCCAUUUACUAGCAAUUUUAUAAUUGAUAUGAAUCGGCAGCCCAAUCGUACAGCAAAGUUGAUAGAACAUGACAUGUUUUCAACAAACACGUCCUGCGUUAAAAUUUAGACUGGGUCCAAUCCUCCGUGUGUUACAAAACCUAUCCGGGGAUGUAUUAAUCCAGCCACUAAGACAUCAAGACCGAUCAUGGUUACAAAACCAAAAACAAGAUGUAAAUCAUCCAGAAAACAUAAUGCAGCAUCAUCACGUGAAAGCUAUUCUUAUUAUAUACCCGACCCAAAAAUGCACAGUCGGUGCCGGUUGCAAUUGCUCUAUUUCUAUCAACAUAGUCGCUUUUCAUUGUCAAUUCUAAUCAAUACCUUGAUUUAACAGGACUAGAAUUUUUGUCCAUUAGCCGGUGAAAGUAACGCAGUAUAAAUUAAUAGCAUGCUUUAAAGCUAUGAAAAUAAUUAUUGACAGGGACAUCCACACCAACAUUACGCGAAAUGUGAAUCCGCACAUCGUCAAGCUCUUGUAACUUCAAAUAGUAUUCCAAGAGGAGAAUCACUUAACGUUGCAUUGUAGAAGGAUUUGCAGCGCACACUGUAGGCUUGUAAGUUUCGGGGUCACCAAAAUCCUACCGCUAUUAGUUGGCGUGUCGCGCAGGCUAUUGGGCAACAAGGGCGUGCUUAUCGAUUUGUUUUGAAAUUGAAAACCAUGUACAACUAACAGUCAGUCAGGCAGUCCAUCCACGUGUAUAUGAUGACUAUCGGCUGUCUCAGACAUACACGUUCUUUUUCUAAGAGAAGAGCACCAACAUUUGCCAAUUAAUUUGGGUGUGCAACGAUAAAAUGUCGUGUCGCAGAUUGAUUGAAAAGCAUGAAAGUAUUUGUAAUUAUAAAGUAUAUGCUACGAGUCUGAUGCACUUGGUAAGGAUUCCCUUCAAGGAAACUCAGAAGCUAAUAGAACUAUAAACAAGAACCGGUAAACUAAUUCAUUCAAUAUAAAACUAAAUAAAAUUGGAAAAGAAACCAACAAGUAUAA